UUUGUUCCUGCCUUACUUCGUACCUUGUCUUACUUCAAUGCAAGGGAGAGACAGUACCUGCAACUGUAACAGGUAAUUAAUUAUUAAUUACACCAAAUAAGGUGUGGCAGCAGCAGGCAGAGCAGGUACGGAAAGAUCCCUUUGCUUUUUGCAUGGAUAAAAAAAACAAAACAAAAAACAAAUCGUUCUAGCAACCAUUGACUACAUAUGUAUGAACAACGAUAAUCUUAAUCACAACAAUGGCCGGCGGGCCAUUAGAGGGCCACAGUCCGCCUUGACGGACUUCUUAGCCUCUCAAAACAUAUCAGCUGCACGCAUUCGAGCUGAUGCGCAAGCUCGUCGGGCAGCGGCUUCCGCCACUCCCAAUCCCACUACAGACGCCCCGGCCACAGAAGAGACACAACAGGCUGAAGGAGAGGAGAAUGAUAGCGAUGCUGCUGUCACCGGUAGGUCCGCUGCAGCCGCAGCUCGUCGAGCAAGGGAACAGAAACGUCGGAAACAGCAGGAAGCUAUUGUCAAGAUCAAGAAGUCCAAGACAUACAAGAAACGGAAGCGAGGCGCAGAUUCAGAAUCUGAUGAUGACCUCGCCCUUGCCCUCUUCAACGAAAAAACGACACCUCUGCCUGGCCAGAUGAGCAACUGUGAGAUUUGUGACAAACGCUUCACUGUCACUCCAUACACCCGCUCUGGACCUGAGGGCGGCUUACUUUGCCCACCGUGUGGCCGACAGCUUGCCAAAGACGAAGAUGCAAAUAAGAAGCAGAAAAAGAAGAGAGGUCCAGCAGCUAAGGGUGGCGCAGGCAGACGCAAUAUGCAGAGUCGUAUCCUGGAUGGCACAUAUGACGUUGGGGCUAAGCCCUUGAUGACCCUUUGCAUCGAGACUCUGGCGAAAAACAUCCAUUUGGCUGACGACCUUGGUGACCUUCCAUCAUCUGUCAUUGAUCGUAUUGCAAGACUUCUAUCCAAGAACCGCCUGCUAAACCCUCACACCCUUAACCUCUUCCUGCAACCCCGCAGCGAGGUCCUCAAGGUGUAUGAUGCCGGAAAGCUCAAAUCAGAUGAUUUCAUCAAGAUUUUUCAGUUUCUUCCGCAACUAAAAAGACUCAAGCUGCGAAAUGCAAUUCAAUUCUCAGACAGGGUCAUUCAAUUUCUCACCACCAGAAAUAUCUCUCUUGAAAGCAUUUACCUCCACGGAGCAAAUCUUGUAACGGAGGAAGCGUGGGCGGAGUUUCUAAAGCAGAAAGGCACACAUCUACAGGCAUUACAAGUCUACUUUACUGACAGACACUUCAAUGAUAAUACGGUCAAUGUACUGUCAACCUCGUGUCCCAACCUGACGCGUCUCAAAAUCUGCCGCAACCAGGCAGUUUCUGAUGACGGCAUCAAGUAUAUUGCUAAGCUCGAUCAACUCAAGCACCUAAGUUUGCGACUCGUCAAGAAAACCACCACAGAUCCCUAUGUUCAGUUGAUCCAAUCUAUUGGUCACCAGUUGCAGACAUUUUCGAUUUGGUUGGUGCCCGAAGUUGACGAUCGGUUGCUUGACGCGAUUCAUGAGAAUUGCACCGAUCUUUCGAAGCUGCGCAUUACUGAAAGCGAAUACAUGACUGACGCUGGUUUUGCCCGACUCUUCCGAGGCUGGAAAAACAAACCUCUCUCAUACCUUGACCUAGAGAAAUGUCGUCACAUCGACGCAGCCCAGCCUCGAAAUAAUGAACACAAGGUUGGACUUUGCUCGGAGGGCUUUGAAGCUCUCAUGGAGCACUCGGGUACGGGACUGCAACACCUCAAUGUGCAUGCUUGUCGAAAUAUCGAGAGAGAGGCGUUUGAGAGGGUCUUUGCCAGCGAUAAACGCUAUCUCCAACUACGUCACUUGGAGAUAUCCUUCUGCGAACACGUCAACGACUUUGUCAUUGGCAGCAUCUUCAGAAGCUGUCCGAAUCUAAAGGAGGUGAUUGUCUUUGGAUGUAUGAAGGUCAGAGAUGUGCGAGUGCCGAGAGGCAAGAUUCUGGUAGGGGUCCCUAACGCACUGGGCAUGCGCAUUGAAGGGGUAGACGACGCAAGCGAUUAGGAGUGAUGUCCAUCUUGAAUCAGCCUAGAUGAGACUCUGGACAUUGACAUGCACGAGGCUGUUCAGUCUUUGCUACACACGCGCGCUUAUAAUCGCUUGAAUCAACUGGAGCAAGAACUCAUAUCAGCAGAACUUGAUGCCACAGCACAAUCCCAGUCUGGGAAUGACUGGGUUAUAUCAGCCACAUGAUGCGAAUCCGUCUCCUUGAAAAAUGGUUUCCUAGUUGUUUGUGCCUUCUUCGUCGGAUGCUAGUUGUCUGAAAACUUUGUAAAAAUACAAACAAUAAAUCGUGUAGUUAAGCCAGAUAGUUGUUUUUUUUUUAGCAGGGAUGCAUGAGUACGGCUGAACAAAUUGU